AUGUCCAUCAGACUACUCAAUCCAGCUCGGUCAUCCAGUCUAUCUCGCUGGAUCAUCCAUUCCGGCCUCGGAAGAAUUCCUACUAGAAACUAUUCGAGCGGCAAGGACUCGAGCAAUAUCGUCUAUCUCGGACUAGGCUCUAACAUCGGAGACCGAUUGAAAAAUAUUUCGAAUGCUCUCCAAUCGCUCUCGAACCAUGAUCCUUCGACCCGUGUACUUGACUCGAGCUUCGUCUAUCAAUCUCAGCCGAUGUAUGUCACCGACCAACCCGAAUUCCUCAACGCGGCUUGCAAAAUAUCCACUCCCCUAUCGCCUCAGGAACUCUUAAAAAUCAUCAAGAGAAUCGAGGCCGAUCAAGGCAGGAUACUCGAGAACGUUCCUCGAAACGGUCCCCGUCCGAUCGACAUUGACAUUUUGCUGUACAACUCUGAAAUCAUCAGACAGGAUAAUUUGACAAUCCCUCACAUAGGAAUCCUUGAGAGACAAUUCGUACUUGAUCCUUUAAUUGAUGUAGCCAGGAAGACGAUUCAUCCAGAGACCCGGACACCCAUCGAAGCACUGCUGGCUGAUCUGAAGCAGAAGACGAGCAGUUCGACGCAAACAACGAGCACGGGAGGUGUCAGGAAGACACAUCUGAUCAGGGGGCUGGGGUGUCGGACAUUGGAUCUGAGUAGCCGGACGCAUCUGAUGUCAAUUAUCAACUGCACACCAGAUUCGUUCUCGGAUGGAGGGGCAUCCUUUGCAGUAGAGGAUGCGGUCCGGAACUCGCUCGAGCACGUAUCUGCAGGGGCGGACAUCCUGGACAUCGGGGGGAUGUCGACGCGACCGGGGGCAACGGAGGUGUCAGUGGAGGCAGAGAUCGGACGGACCGUGCCAGUGAUCAGGGAGCUACGCGAACGCCAUCAUCUAGACUGUCACAUCAGCAUCGACACCUUCCGAGCAGCAACGGCCGAGGCGGCCGUAGGCGCGGGCGCGACGAUCGUCAAUGACGUCUCUGGCGGAGAGGCCGACGAGGCCAUGCUUGCCACCGUCGCCCGCUUGGACGUGCCCUAUGUGCUGAUGCACAUGCGUGGGAACCCCCGAACAAUGUCCCAACUGACUAGCUACCAAGACGGAGACGUUGUUGCCGGCGUACGCAGGGAGCUUGCCGUGAAGGUCCAACGAGCUCUUCGUGCAGGCAUCAAACGCUGGAACCUGAUCAUCGACCCCGGCUUCGGCUUUGCCAAGGACCUGGCGGGGAACUGCCAAUUACUUGACGCACUCAACUCGCUCCAAGGAGUCUCAUCGUCCGAGGAUCAGGAUUGUCUGCAAGGCUUUCCGAUCCUUGUCGGCCUCUCCCGCAAACAAUUCCUCGCCAAACUCCUCACUCUCCCUCCCCCCGGUUCCACUACAACCGCCACUCCUCCUCCUCCUCUCCCCCCACCCGAUCAACGCUUAGUCCCGACUAUUGUUGCUUCAACUAUCGCUAUUCGUAACGGUGCUCAUUUGAUCCGCGCUCAUGAUACUAAAAUCAUUAAGGAAGUCAUCAACACUGUUGACGGUAUCCCGGUCCUUUCAAAUUCUUCUUGA